AUGGAUGUUGAUGAACCAAAUUACAUUGUGAUAUCAGAUUCUGAAGCCGCUGAUGAAGAAACUAGUAUCAUAUACAGACCUGAAUUUAGAGAAGACUACCUUUGGGCAGGAGAGAAUAUUCAAGAAGCAAGUAAACCACAAAAAAAUGCUAAUGAGGCGUUAAGCUUGGAUUCUACCACCGGUGACUCUGUAUCACCUUCUGUAGCAGCUGAUGGACACCUUACUACAGGCCUUCGGUGGUCUUUAAGAAAGAGGAAGGCUAUUCAAAAGAUGCCAUAUAGUUUAGAAAGAAUAAAGCAUAGGCAAUUAUUAGAGGGCUAUGAUAUUACUGGUUUUGACACUAUUUCGAAUCAAUUAAUUUUACCAGAAAAAACUUCUCCAGUGGUUCAGUCGAAUGAAAUUUCCUUUACAAAUAGGAAUGGUAAAAUACUGAAUGAUCAGGGAAAUGAUACAAUUGAUUUUGUUGGAUUCGAGAAUGAUUCGGUUAGAUCUCAAGGUUAUGAUAGUGAUGAAAUAAUACCAAGAAAAAGGCACCGCGAUUACAAAGACCUCAUUCAGAAUGAAGAACUUCAACUAGAUGACUCUUUGGAAGAUAAUCAAGGUUCCGUCAUCACAAAUUUACAGGACACUGAAAAUGACGAAGUAAUAUUUAGAGGAAGAGUAUUGAAUGUGAAAACUGGUUAUCGUGGAGUUUUACCGAGAGUUGCUUGGGAAAAAUCAUUGCAAAGGCAGCAGUCUUCGAAAAUUAUGAGGAAAAAGACUCAAUUAUCAAACCAUAAAGGAGUUGCCAAAAGAAAAAUACACAAGGGUACCCGCGCCGAAAAUGAUGAACAAAUCUUAUUGAAUGAUAUUAUUGCGUCCGGUGAUGAACCGGAUAUCGAUGAAGAUUCCUCUCAUAAUUUAUACUUGAAAACCCCUUCGGAGAUUAGUGAGAAGGAAUUAAAAGAAUUACAGGAAUAUUACGAGAGCAAGUACAGUGAAUGUGAAGAUGAACAGUUUGCGGGAAGUUACGGUUCUGAUAUCAAUGAGGAAUACCGUAAUGAACCCAUAUUUGAUCUAGAAUAUGACGGUCCAGAGAGUUGCUUUCCUCGUGUAUCUUAUACAGACCAACCUAUUAUUUAUUUGAAUUCACAGCAUUCGGACAGUGGAUCCAGUGAACGGUACAACGUUUCGGGUGAAGAUAAUCAAAGUUCAAUAUCUCUAGAUGCUGCCGAAGAGUAUAACAAUGAUAUAAUCGACAAGAUGUUAAUCAAAGUUAAGAAAAAGAAAUCAUCUUCUGAUUUCAAUGACUUAAGUGGGAAAAGAAAAAGGUCCAGAACGUAUAAAUACAAUCACCGAAAACCCCGAAUCCGUUCAACUACAAGAGCCAUCAAAGUUGGAAAACGAUCAGCGCAUAAACCACGAUUAGUAACUGAUAAAAGCACGAUUUCAUUUGGUUCUAACAAAAACCAUGUUAUUGACGAAUACCUUUUUGAGACAUUAGAAUCUCAAUCCACAGAAUUUGAUGAAGCUUCUUCCAACAAAGUGUUGAAAAGGAAAAGAAAAAAGAAGAAAGUACCUGCAUAUCCAAGUUUGCCCACUAAUGUUGAGUCGAGACGAAAACUGAUCUUCAAUACUGUUGUCGAGGUUCCCACAAAUCGAUACGCUUUUGCAAAGUCAAAUUUAGGGAAUAUAAACAAUAUUAAUCAUCCCAUAGAGCUUGAGGAGGAGAAUAUUAAUCAGGAAUUUGGACCAAUAAUGAUUGUUCUCGACUCAAUUUUACUAAAAAAGCCUUUUGAGCCACCUAAUCUCAUUAAGAUUGAGUUGCCUGGUAAAAUUUACUCGCUAUCUAAAUUGAAUCCUGCUGACAUAGGUUCGUCACUGCGGGAUAUGUUCAGAGUUAUCAUUGACAGAGGAAUCAUUGACACGGAACUAGUUCGAUUUAAUGAGAGUCUUGUUACUUUUUUGAUGCACCUUGAUAUGCCUGAACUAUUUGACUCAAUAGGUGAAUUUCAUCGUGAGUUCAGAUCAAAAGUUAAUAGCUUAAGGAAAAAAGCUAAACCAAUUCAUUUUUUACAAAUUGCAACAUGUCAAUUAAUGUUUCUAGAAAUAUCAAAAUAUAACAAGAUCUCAACGGCUGUCAAAUUAGAAAUGGAUGCUAAGAUUGUAGAUCACAUUGUCUCUUUUUUCAAGCUACUUUCAGUGUGUUAUGAUUCAGUCACAAAACAUCCUAUGCAAUAUUUGUACACGAGUUACUAUAUUCUGUCUUCUAUCGUUGAUAUCAUGGACAAAAAGGAAGCUUUAUGGGACUUACUCCAAAAGCAUUCCUUUUCCGCUCAGAUUUCGCUGUUGCUGGUCAACAUAUUUCCUACAAAGUUCUGUCGCUGGCAAGUUUUAAGAUUAGACUCCGAGUUCCAACCCUUGAAUUUAGCGUUCCGAUUUAUCAAUUAUUGCAUCAAAACUUGUAAUUGGGAUGUUACAAAUAGUUUGAUUCUCUCUCUCGACCGCAUAUUUAAAAAAAGAAGAUUCUCUGAUUUUGAAGAAGAGGCUAUUCUGUCGCAAGAAAAUAAGAUAAUUUAUCCUCCAACAAAGCACUUUACGCGUCGAUUAAUGUUUAAUAAAUACUUGCAUUUACUGACAUUAUGUGAAUUGUCCAGUUCCGAUAUACAACGUGUGAUACCAAUGAGUGAGAUCACCAUGAAUGACUCUUUAUCAGUUUUGAUGAACCGUCUUAAUCUUCUAAUUGUUCUAGCCACACACUUUGAUUUGAACUUAGAGAAGCGCUUUCAAGAACUAUCACGACCGUUAUAUAGUAAGGACUAUUUAAACUUUCAUACACCAAAGGCAGUCAGGGAGAUAACAACACUAAUUAUGCAGACUAGUCUUUCGUUUUUGGAAAUUAGUCGGAACAAGAAACAUCCAUUCAGUGGAAAGUUCAUAGCGUCAUUAUUUGGUAAGUUAAUAAUCCACCAGUCUUCCAUAUCGGAAAUAACAGAAAACUUUUUAAAAGAGUUCAUUCCUCUAGUCCAUAAAAUGAAGAAAAAAAGUGUUGGCAUGCUUAAAUUGCUCUAUCCUUCACUAGUAGCCAUGUCUCAAGAAAAGAUAUUAGAGGCCUCUUCGGUAUUGUUAUUGCAGGUAUAUUUGAAAAGCCUAGACAUAUUGGGCACAACUUGGGUGCAGAAUUAUCUUUUGCAAUUUUUAAAGAGCAAGGCUCAAGAAAAUAAAAGCUGGAUAGAGUACUAUUGUCAGAUUGGAAAAUUUUUGGUAGAUAGUGGUGUAUUUACUUGGUGGACUUUCUUUACUUAUAACGGUCUAGAUGCUGCAUUAAGUUUUCAACUCGUGUUUGACUCCCUAAUUAUUGAUUUUUGUGACGCGGAUUCUUUUGAAUUACUAAGAAAACCACUUUAUUCCAUUGCUUCUGAUUUGCUGCUCAUUUCCAAAGAUAACACCUUUUAUCAAUUUCUUUCCAACUUAUUGAAGAGAGCACAUAUUAUAGUAACUGAUUUAAAGCCUGUUACUAAUGAAAACGAACUUUUUAGGAUAGUGUCCCUAUUCUCCAAAGCUUUGCAAAAAAACUCGUAUCAGGAUUUACUGUCUGUUCUCCUAGCACUGGCAAAAAAACAUUGUGACGAAGGUGUUAUCAGUAGAAAUUUUUUAACGAAAUACCUGGAGCUCCUUAACAAAAGUUAUUUAACUGAAUUGAGAAAUAACCAACUUUUCAUCAGUUUGAGAAGGGAGCUUGGCAUAGCGAGUGAUGAGGACGAAAAAUGUAGGUUCUGGGACUCCUUCAAUGAAGCAGGCGACAUGCUAUCAAAAGCUGCGUUUAUUGAAUCUGGUGUCCUCCAGGCUUGUUGUACUGAGAAUGGAAUUGACGGAUAUCUUAAUAUUUUAAGUACUUUAUUCGACUCCGCCAUAUUGGAGCAUCCUUUUACAUUUUUUUCCGAUCUGAUUAUCGCACACAUAUUUGAGAAUAGAUCUCUUUUCGACAUGAAUAUUAAGAAUUUUCUCCUAUAUCAAUUCAUAACUCUUUUCAACAAAGUUUUGAAGAUCAGAUUCGAACAGGUAUCUCCUGAUGAAUUUGUUGAACUUUGCAAAAUAUACAGGGCAUUAUGUAUUGAGUGUGCCACUGAUAAUACGUUCAAGAAGAACAAUGAUUUGAUCGUUGUAAAAGAUGCAUUCUUGGUAUCUGUGUUAAGAAUCGCUGAUGGGUUUUGGGAGCAUGACAGGCUUUGGCAGCUAAAGAUGCUUGAUGGUAGUAUGAACAUACCCACUCAGAUUUCUCAUACUGACAUUCAAAGUUCACUAUCUGGGAUUGUAAUGAAGAUAAUACAAAUUAAUAUAGGAAAGAUCGAGGCGUCUAAACCUUUCAAAAACUUCAAGAAUACGUAA